CUCCUGCACACACAGCCUGCGCUUUUUUCCUUUUCUCUUGGCCUUCUCCUUCUCCUUCCCCUCGCUGGCAGAUAUUUUUCCUCUCUUCCCUCCGAUGAGAGUAUACAUCUCGGCAUCCUCCUCAUCGUCUUUAUCCCUCCACCAGGAGGACGACGACGGGCGACCAAAUCCACCCCAUCUUUUCCCCUCUUCUCCGUCGACCAACGAUUUCCCCUGAGAAAAUCCACGCGAAAUAUCCUCGCUUUCUCCCUGAUUGAUUUGCUUCAUCUCCGGCGCCGUCCGGCGGGACUUCUUGCUCCAUCUGCUCCGGAUCCCGUCCAUGGGGGACGUGUCCACGAUCCAACGCCCGCCCGGCACUGCCGCCAAGCAGGGUGAUCAGGUUGGAGAGCUGGUGUCUGCCGGAUGGACAAACGACAGCCACAACAUGUACAUCAGCUCCAUGGAGGCGUCCUUCAUGCAGCAACUCCGUGGCCAGCAACACCACCACCACCACGCCGCUCCAGACAAGAGCAUGGCUCAUGUGGGUGGCGGCCAUGGGCUCAAGGAUCAAGUCGGGGCCGAGAGGAACGUUCCUCGCUCGCGUGAUGUGGCCGCAAGGGGCCUGCCCGAGGAUCCGUGGGCGAGGCGUUUCAAGCCACGCGAUUCUGCUAUGAAUCGCCGUGGUGACGGGGUUGGUGCUUCCGAUGGUGAAUCGGGCACCGACACGGUUCACGCGACGGCUCCCAAGCAUGGAAGAGGAGCCAGCACUUGCGUUGGAGGAAUCCUUGUUGACAAAAGCUCAGAAGUCUCCGGUCAGAACUUCCCUGAAGACGAUGUCCAUUCCGCUGCUCAGCCAAGCAAAUCGUGCAAGAAAAGGAGGCCUGCCUCUUCUACUGCUGCAGGUUCUUUCAUCUCGAUGCUCGGCGACAAGCGGUGGUGAAGUCCUACGUAUGUGUUACAGAAAUUCUUGCUGAAGCAGUUGUGAUAGGUGACUGGUGCGGCUGCUAAUCUUUUUAACUAGUCGGAUAGCUCUCGAUUGGCCUGUCCUUUCGGCAUGAAGGGAGGACGAUUCAUUGGUAAUUUGUGUCUAGUAUCCUCUCUGCAGAGCAUCAGGCUCAAGUUUGCAGAUCUGCGAGAGUUAAGAUGGUGAUGUGAUGCCUUGUGGUGGUAUAUUUCUUCAGCAUCUGCUGCCUGUCUCCAUGCAAACCAACGGUUUCUUGCUUGCCACGGCAAAAAAUGUAUUGUAGAUUUUAUACUACAUGACUGUUGAUGUCACUUGGAUGCAAUAAACUUGUUAUUUUUGCUAGGCAA